AGCCGCAAUUUUCACAUCUCAGUUGCGUUAACUACUGUUAUGGCGGGGUUUACAACGAUUGUAGUUACAAUCUUGCUUAUUAAUUUAAGCAUAGCUGAAGCAUUAUCUCACCGGCGUUUUACUAUUGAUAACGUGACGAACACCUUUCUUAUGAAUGGAGAACCAUUUCGUUACGUUUCGGGUUCGUUUCAUUAUUUUAGAGCUUUGCCCGAAGUUUGGCAAAAACGUCUAAGAACUAUGCGAGCAAGCGGUUUAAAUGCCAUUGACACUUACAUUGAAUGGUCUUUGCACAAUCCUCAGGAUGGUAUAUACGAAUGGUCGGGCAUAGCAGAUAUUGAAACAUUUAUACAUUUAGCCGAACAGGAGGGUUUCUACAUCAUAUUACGACCUGGUCCUUAUAUAUGUGCUGAAAGAGAUAAUGGAGGUAUCCCGUAUUGGCUGUUCACCAAGUAUCCUAAUAUACAUUUACGUACCAGUGAUUCAAAUUACCUUUAUGAGGUAUCCGUUUGGUACAGCAAAUUAAUGCCUCGCUUACAAAGAUAUUUUUAUGGCAAUGGAGGUCCAAUUAUAAUGGUUCAAAUCGAAAACGAAUACGGAGGAUUUCACGUAUGUGAUCGUGAUUAUUUACUUUGGUUACGUGAUGAAACACAUAAGUACGUGAGAGAUCAAGCUCUAUUAUUCACUACUGAUAUACCAGAUUUAAACAUUAAAUGCGGCAAAAUCGAUGGAGUGUUCGCUACAACUGAUUUUGGUAUAGAUCGAGUCAAAGAAAUUGAAGAUAUUUGGAAUACAUUGAGAUCGGUACAGCCUAAUGGACCUUUAGUGAAUUCCGAAUUUUAUCCGGGUUGGCUAACACAUUGGCAGGAAACAAAUCAAAGACGUGACGCAAAUGCGGUAGCAAAAGCCUUAAGAACAAUUUUGACGUAUAAUGCCAGUGUUAAUCUCUAUAUGUAUUUUGGCGGCACAAAUUUUGGUUUCACAGCUGGUGCAAAUGACUGGGGUUUUGGAAAAUACGCGGCCGAUAUUACUUCUUAUGAUUAUGAUGCGAUAAUGGACGAAGCUGGAGGCGCUACCAAAAAGUUUGUACUUGUGCGUGAUGUCAUUAGUGAGUUUAUGAAUGUACCAAAUACAGAAGUAUUACCUAGCAAAGCUAAAGCUUUUGGUAAUGUGCAAAUGAAACCCAUAAUCAACUUGCUUUCCGUGCUAGUUUUGUAUGAAGCUGAUUUACCUGAACUCGAAAUUGACCCAACUCUGUUAAAAGUGGAUCAGCUAAGAGACCGAGCUUACGUAUAUGUAGACCAGACUUUUCUGACUACUCUUUCUCGAGAAAACAACAUCUACACAGUGCCUAUUAAUAAGAACAAGCGUAAAAAACUUCAAAUAUUGGUUGAAAAUCAAGGUCGCAUUAACUACUAUGUGGCCGAUGAUAUGAAAGGCAUUUUAGGAAAUGUAACCAUACAAAAACAUAAUGGCCAGCUCCAGGUAUUAGAAAAUUGGACACAUACUCAAUUCCCACUGGAAGAAACGCAAAUAAAACACUUAGUGAAAUAUGUUGAAAGUAAACAACGAAACAGCCAUGGAACUGGCUCACUCGAUCAUGGACCUAUAGCAUAUUACGGCGAGUUCAUUGUCGACGACAUCGCUGAUACAUACUUAAACGUCAGAGGAUGGGGCAAAGGCGUCGCCUACGUAAAUGGUUUCAAUUUGGGGCGUUAUUGGCCGUUAGUGGGACCGCAGAUUACACUUUAUGUUCCUGGUGAAAUUUUAAAAAUCGGUAGCAACAAUUUAAUAUUAAUAGAGUAUCAACUCAGUCAAAAAGAAAUUAGUUUAGACUCAAAACCACAAUUAGAUGGUUAAAACCUUUAUAAAAACAAAUUGACCUCUCUAUAAAAAAAUUGCACGACUCUCUUAAAAUGUAUUAGAAUUACGAAAGUAAAACUCUUUUCACAUGUAUCCAUUUUUAGUUCUAAAUGAGCCUCUGAAGAGCCAAUGAGAUGCAAAUGAUUUGACAUAUUUCAUAUAUAAGUGACAAAACUAUAUAAACAUUUGCCUUUGGAAUUCUUGUGAAAUCAUUGAUGUUACAAAUAAAUAGUUAAU